GCGGCGUGACGAAAGGGAACGCAAUGAAAGGGGGCGUGCCUAGAGGGGCCCAAGGAGAGCGAACUUAAGUAAGGGGGGGCUGCCUGGAGACGGCCCAACUAAGCCGGGUGAGGUGAGGCGGAGGACGGGGCACACGGUUGCUGACAGGGCGCUGCCUUAGUGGUUCAGCUCCCGCUCAGGGAACGUCCCGUCAUGUCGCGCCUUUACCUUUGGUCCCCACUGCUCCUCCUCUCGUGGCCACCGUUGUGGCUUCUGGUCCAGGUAGCUCAGGCGUCGGGGGACUGGGCCCUGGACCAUGUCGCCCUGACCUCCGACCCCCCAGGGCUGACCUCUGAACGCUCACUGGACUCGCCCCAUGUGCUUGCACCCUCGGCAGAGCCGGGGGGCUUGGCUUACUCGACGGCCUCCUCUCCAGCCCAGAUGUUCGCCCCGCCCAGUCAGGAGGUAACGGAGACUUUCGUUCCAGACCCGGACUUGGAUUCAGCUGAUUUUGUAGAGGAUCCAGAUCCACCUACUGAGCCCCCUGAGGAGGUGGAAUCCUCACUCCAGGAAGAGGCCCCUGCUCAGCAUCCACAGCCCACAGAAGAGGUAGAAUCACCUCCACUUGAGCAGGAGGCUCUGUUUCAGCCUCCAGAGGCCCCUGAGGAAAUGGAAACUUCAAGCCUUCAGGAGGCCCUCCUAGCUCAAGCUUCGGAGAUACUUAAGGAGGCUGGAGGGCAGCCAUCAGCACGUCAUAGGGUAAAUGAAGCUCAGCAGUCAGGCAGGCACAGUGUCACUGUGACACCUCUGGAUCUGGCCCUUACCGUAACUCCAGAGGUCACUAAAAAGGUUGAACCUUCUCCAGUCCAGCAGGAUGGCUUAUUGCAGGCCCCAGAGAGCCCUGAGGAGUCUGAAACUCCUCCAGUCCUGGAGGAGGCCCCACCUCAGCCUCCAGAGCGCCCCGAAGAGGUUGACUUUUCACUCCAGCAGGAGACCCAAGCUCAGCCUCCAGAGCGCCCUGAGGAGGUGGAACCUUCCCCAGUCCAGCUAGGGUCCCCAGCUCACGCCCCAGGGUUCCCUACCCAGGAUGUACUUCAGAGGCCAGAGAGCGGUGAGCUAGAAGCUCCGCAUCAUCAGCCGCAUCCCCUUCAUUUGCACUUGCCCAAUGGGACACCUCAGCCUCUGGAUUUGGGACUUACCAUCACUCCAGGGCCUACUAAGGAAGCUGAGUCAACUACAGCCCAGCAGGAGGCCCUGCCUCAGCCUGUUGAGCACCCUGAGGAGACGGAAUCUUCUCCAACCCAGCAGGAGACCUCAGAGAAGCCUCCAGAGCCUCCUGGGGAGGUUGAGCCUUUGAGUGAGCAGGAGCCACCAGCUCAGCCUUCUGAGCCUCCUGGGGAAGAUGAACCGUUUCCAACCCAGCAGGAGACCCCAGUGCAGCUCUCAGAGUCUUUGGAAGAAGCUGAAACUUCUCCAACCCAGGAAGGGACCCCAGCUCUGUCUGCAGAAGAGGUAGAACCUUCUGCAACCCUGCAGGAGCAACCAGCUCAGCCUCCAGAGCCGCCUUCUGGGGAGGCGGAGCCUUUGCCAGCUCAACAGGAACAGCCAGCUCAACCUCCAGAGCAUCAUGAAGUGACAGUUUCACCUCCAAGUCACCAUCAUGCUCAGCAGUCAAACGUAGCCAAUGUCACUGUCAAGCCUGUGGAUGUGGGGCUUACCAUAAGCACAGAACCCAGGCCAGAGGUGGGACCUGGGUCUCCAAAUCCGCACAAGCCUUCAACUCAGCCGUCGGUGUCCCACACCAGUGUGGGAUUUUCUACAACCCAGCAUGAGGCCCCCACGCUGCCUCCACAGCCACCUGAGGAAGUUGAACCUUUGCCAGUUCAACAGGAGGCUCCAGAUCAAUCUCCAGAAGCUGCUACCGUUCAUGAGGAGGCCCCGGGUCAGCAUCCAGAGGCUCCUGGUGAGGUUGAAUCCUCCCCAGCUCAGCAAACAGAGCUCUCUAACGAGUAUGUCGCUAUCUCUCCAGAGCAUCACGUGACAACAGUUUCUCCGCUAGGUCAGGAUCAAGCUCAGCUUCCGCAGCGGCCCAGCAGUGUCACUGUUACACCUGUGGAUCUUGUGCUCACCUUAAGUCCAGCAUCCAGUAAUAAGGUUGAAGCUUUUCCACUGCCACCAGAAACCUCAGUGCAGUCUGCGGUGUCCCCUGAGCAGUCGCAACUGUUGUCAGGCCAGCAGGAGUUUUCAGGUCAGCAUUCAGCCCCAGCUCGGCCUGAAGAGGUUCCUGAGGAAACCGAACCUGCUCCCAGCCAUCAGGAGCACCCAACUCAGCCUCCAGAGGCCUCUGCAGAGGUCGAAGCUCAGCCUUCAGUAAAUGAAGAGGCGACGUUCUCACCUCCAGGUCCCGGUGAAGCGCAACGUCCAGGGUUGUCUAGUGCCACAGGGAAACCUUUGGAUCUGGCGCUUGUCUUAACUCUAGAGCCCACUAAGGAGGUGGAAACCUCUCCAGCGCAGCAGGAGGGCCCUGCUCAGACUCUAGAUCCCCCUGGGGGAAUGGAGCUUUCUUUAGUCCAGGAGGAGGCCCCAGCUCAGUCUCCCGUUCCCCUUGGGGCCCCAGCUGCAUCUCUGCAGCCCCCGAAGGAGGGAGAACCUUCUGCCACACAGCAGGAGCUUCAGGCUCAGCCGCCAGAGCCUCCUGAGAAGGUGGAACCCUUUUUAGCCUCUCAAGGGCCCCUUCCCGAACUUCUGCAGUCCCCUGGGCAUACAGAGGCUUCCUCGAUCCAGCAGGAGCUUUUGGAACCCCUCAAAGAGACGGACCCAUCUCCAUCCCAGCAGGGGACCCCGCCUCAGCCUCCAGAGCUGCCUAAGGAGGUGGAGGCACAAAGUCCAGUGCAUCCUGCGAUGACGGUUCCGACGCUUGGACAGGACCAGGCUCCGCCGAGUGUCACAGUUAAACCUCCAGAACCUGCUAUGGAGGCUGACCAUCCCACAGUCCUGCAGCAGACGACAGCUCCUCCAGCAUACCUCGAGGCGACACUUCCACAUCCAGAGCAGCUUCAGGCUCAGCGUCCAUACCUGACUGAAGUCACAGUUCAACCUUCAGACCUGGAACUGACCAUAAGUGCAGAACCCGCUAAGGGGGACGAACCUUCUGCAGCCACGCAGGAGACCCCAGCUCAGACUCUGGAGCCACCUAAAGAGGUUGUGGUCCAGCCUCCAUUGUAUCAGUCUGCGACGAAUGCAGCUCCAGGUCAGGACCAAGCUCCACAUCCAACAUUGCCCAACCCCCCGGUUCAGCCUUUGGACGUGGUGCUUACUGUGACUCCAGAACCUACCACGGAGGUUGAGCAUCCUACAACUCCCCCUCCAAACCCCACUGAGGGGACGCUUCCACGUCCAGAGCAGGUUCAGCAUCAGCAUCCAACCUUGACUGAAGUCACGGUUCAGCCUCUGGACCUGGGACUUAGCAUAACGACGGAACCCACGAAGGAGGAGGAACCUUCUCCAGCCACGCAGGAGACCCUAACCCAGCCUCCCGUAAGUCAGAGCCAAACAGUUCUAACACCACAUCAGGGUCAGGCUGAGCUUCCAACGUCACCCAGUGUCACAGGUAAGCCUGUGAACCAGGAGCCUAGCACAACUGCAGAACCCAGCACAGAGGCUGAACAUUCUACAGGCCUGCAGCAGACUACAGCUCCCCCUAUAGAACACCCUGAGGCGACACGUCCACAUGCAGACCUGACUCAAGUCACAAUUCAACCUGUGGAACUGACUGAAACUACAGGAUCCGGUGUGGAGGCUGAACCUUCUCCAACCGAGCAAGAGACCCCACCUCAGCCUCCAGAGCCAUUGCAUCAGGAGGUGACAGUUCCAGCUCCAAGUGAGGAUCAAAGUCAGGAACCUACCACCACUCUACACCCUACUGCAGAGGCUGAACCUUCUACAGUCCUGCAAGAGACGACAUCUCCCGCUCCAGAAUACCCUGCGGUGACACUUCCUUACCCAGGCCUGACUCAAGUCACAGCUCCACCUGUUAGCAUAACUUCUCAACCAGGGUCAACUGAGACAACCCUUCCUUCUGCGCAGUCUUCGGUGGUGCACUCCGCCCAAUACCCCCCAGAAAAGGAGCAGUCAGAACAGAAUGUCGUCACAGAGCACGUCGACAUAUGUGAGCUGUGCACCUGCAGAAAUGAGACGCUGUCGUGCACUGGACUCAGCCCAAAUCAGAGGCUCCGCAGUGUGCCUGUUCUAGGGCCCAAGAGCUACAACCACACCUUCACCGUCUUAGAUUUCCAAGGAAACGCUAUUUCUUACAUUGAUGGGAAUACAUGGAAGGCAUUCCAGUGGGUUGAGACACUAAUUCUCAGGGAUAAUGCUUUGACCGAGUUACAUAAGGAUUCCUUUGAAGGCUUGCUGUCCCUCCGGUAUUUGGACUUAUCCUGCAACAAAAUACAAUCUAUUGAAAGACGUACAUUUGAAUCGCUACCUUUUUUGCAAUAUGUAAAUCUUGGUUGCAAUUUAAUCACAGAGGUGAGCUUUGGAACGUUUCAAGCCUGGCAUGGAAUGCAGUUUUUACACAAGUUAGUUCUCAGCCAUAAUCCUUUGACAACAGUUGAAGAUUCGUAUCUUUAUAAAUUACCAGCGCUGAGAUACUUAGACCUGGGAACAACACAAGUGUCACUUACAACGGUUGAAAGUAUCCUCAUGAUGACCCUUGAAUUGGAAAAGCUGAUCUUGCCUAGCCAUAUGGCCUGCUGCCUCUGCCAAUUUAAAAACAGCAUUGAAGUUGUCUGCAAGACAGUCAAGCUGCAUUGUGACAGAUGCCUGCAAAACAGCGCGCGUUGUGAUAAAGAAACAUCUCUAGGGCACGCAGAAGGAUCGUUCAUGAAGGUGCUACAAGCCCGGAAGAAGAACACCAGCACCGAGCUGAUUAUUGAGCCAGAGAGGCCGUCCUCAGGCAGAAGUCGUGUCAGCUUGUCGAGCUUCAUGGAUGAGCAGCCGGACUUUAGUGAUGAAAGUGAUGUUAUCAGUGCACUCAACUACAUCCUGCCGUAUUUCUCCGAGGGAAAUCUAGAAGAUGCAGAAUCCACCUUGCUGCCAUUCAUCCAGCUUCUCUUUUCAAAUGUAGCAGAGGCAAACAUCCCACCGGGCCAUUUGAAGACCCCCACCGGGAACCCCUCUGUUAAACCUGAAUCCAGUAUUUCAACUUAUGAAACUAAAUUGAGGCAACUCCGUUUUCUGGAAAAUUUGUUAGAUGCAGAAAUUCAGGAAAAAAUUGAUGACGUUCUAAGGAAAGAAAAAACUGCCAUGCUUAUACAGUCCAACGUGUUAAGUCCCCAACUGAGACGCCACAUCCUUCGAGAGAAAUUGGAAACCGCCCGACAACAGGAGAAGAGCCUCGAAGAGGUUGAGAGCGCAGAAAAAAGGCCGCCGAAGGUGAACAGGGUCCUCGAGGGCCCAAGGGGCAUAAAGAAAAGGCACUUCAGAGAAAUGAGAAGGCAGAGCCCCAGGGGCAAAGAGAAUGCCCAGCCACUGGUGGAGAACGCUGCCAGAGGAAGCAAGCUCAGGGGGCCCUCCGCCAGGGAACUGGCCCAGCUGCACGUGGCGCAGAGGCCCGGGAAGCUAGUGGCAAACUCCUUGGAAAAAGAGGCUUUACUCCUAAAGGAACGUAAAGCGGAAGUCUCUUCUUUCCUGAAACAGUACUCGAGGGGCAGGCCUGCUGCCUCUAUCCAUCCAGAAGCCCCAGGAAAGGUCAAAAAGAAAUCAAAGGACUUAUCAUACACUAUUUUUGUUUUAGAAGAUGCUAAUGCAAGAGUCAAAAAUAUGAAGACUUCUAAAACACUCUCACAUCCCAGAAAGAUGUACUCCUUCCGCAACUCUCACUCUCCUUUGCUUCACAGAACGACCGUUCCCAAAAAGGGCCAGGGGUUCCCAGGCAAAAUCUCAAGCUACAGAUCGCUGUUUGCCUUGAGGCCUCUGUCCUCUGCAGUGAGGAGCCUCAUAAAUUCCCCUUCACUAGAGGCUUCGUCGCCUUCAGGAGAACCCAGUUCUCAGGAAAAGCCUUCUCCACAAUCCUUUUCUCCUUCAGAGCCUUCUACAGAAAACGUCAUCUCAGAAAACAAUACUCCACAGGUUGUUUUUGAAGAACUUACUACUGCUUCAGGCACAACUACUUUGUCGGGCACUCUCCCUGCAAGCACCGCCCAGAGCACUCUUCCUUCAGGAUAUUCUGCUGUUCCUGCAGACAACGUUAUGCCUACUGAUCAACACACCCACAAAAUACAGUGGGAGUACCACGGUGUGGGCACUGACGUGGCCUCCAAGCCCACAAGCUUCAUUGCCCCAGGAGUUUCCUCCCCGGGGACUCAGUUUGAAGCUCAGCUGAACCAGCAGCUGCAGUCCCUCAUCCCCAACAAUGACGUGAGGGGGCUCAUUUCUCAUGUUAUCCGGACGUUGAAGAUGGACUGCUCCGAGCCCCAAGUGCAGCUGGCCUGUGCCAAGCUCAUCUCCAGGACAGGCCUCCUGAUGAAGCUUCUCAGUGAGCAGCAAGAAGCAAAGGUGUCCAAGGCAGAAUGGGAUACGGACCAGUGGAAAACCGAGAACUACAUCAACGAGAACACAGAAGCCCAGGGGGAACAGAAGGAGUCGAGUGAGCUCCCCAAAGAAGUCCCCGGAUAUGGCUAUAAUAACAAGCUCAUCUUGGCGAUAUCUGUGACUGUAGUGGUGAUGCUUUUGAUUGUAAUUUUCUGUCUCAUCGAGGUCUGUUCUCGUAAGAGGGCAUUGCGGGAAGGGAAAGUAGGACGCAAAAGGGGCUUUUUCGGCUUUCUGCUGCGUAAGAGACGCUCGGGGGAGAGCGAGAGCGAGAGGGAGGGCUUCUUUUGGAGAAGGCGGCCACUCUGGCUUCAGGAUAUGUACAGACCUCUCAACGCCACACGCAAGAAAAACAUGGCCCAGAAGCUACACGACAAGGAGUCUUCUGAUGAGGAAGAGGUCCUCCAUGCGGGUGCGGGGGAGGUCAGUGAAGCCCCAGCAGAUGCGGUUCUGACCAUAGAAUCGGACGUGGAAGACCUGGGUGAGGAGAGUGACGCGGCACCUGAGGUUCCCCCCGAGUGAGCCCCGUCCUGGCUCAGGCCGCCUACACGUGUGUGUAUAGCACCAGAUUCUAGGAAUUGCUUGUAAAAUAUUUUUGUUGUUGUUCUAGUAAAAUGUACAUUCACAACCAAUCAGCCAUGUGGUAAGGAAUUAGAAUGUAAGCAGCCGAAUUAUUUCUAUGCCAGUAACAAGGGCCGCAGGCAAGAAACCGCAGAGCUGAAGCUAGAACCCCUGGUGGUAGCCGGUACCUGCACAAGAGGAAAUGCGGGCCAAGGAGGGGGAAGAGGAGGAGGAAGGGGGCUUCUCUCCCUCGAUUCCCCAGUGGAAUCAGUCCCUGGGAACUUGAGGACAUGUCAUCCUCAAGGGGCGUAGAGCGUCAGGUCAGAUAACAGCGUGUGCUGGUGCUCUCUCUCCUGGUUCAUCAAGUACCAGUUGUUUACAGCAUGUUUCCAGGCC